AUGACAGGUGGUUUCAACUUCAGCCAAUGUAGGUGGUGGGUUUCAAACAGCCCUGCGUUGCGCUGCAUUAACCACAGACCGCCUGAUGGCCAAAUCCCAUGUGCGCAACCGAUACGUGGUUGGAGCACUGUUGGACAGAAGCAAGCCAGCGAGAAAUCCAUCCUCUGUUUGAAGCCGCUCUCCUCCACUAGCAUGCAGGUUGACAAGCAGUUCCUCUUGCCCAAUGAUAUUCUUCUCAUGCGGGUAGGACGGGCAGUAGCACAGACUCUUCACCAAAUCAUCACGGCACCGACGCGUCGCGACACGACCACGAUCACGGCAAGCUCGUUUAUCGCUCUACUUGCGUUGUACCUCCCUGAGCCCAUCGACUUGGCUGCCUCGGGUUGUCAAGUCACCACUUCCCGUGGAGGAGGACCUGGGGCCUGGAACAAGCAGCAUUCACAAUGGGCUUCAGCUCUCGGCCAGGCCCUUACGACGGUGUCUGCACACCGCCAGCCCGUUCUCACGGACCGCACGGGACGCAAUCUUGAUACCGCAUUUGCGCUGCAGUCCGAACUGCUUAUGGUUUGGCUGUUUACUCUCCAACUCGCCUUUGCAUCAUCGACCUGCUCUUCCACCGAGUGUUUGACUCAUAACAGGACAGCAAGCCAUUUGCAGAUGUCUGCUGUCACUGUCGGAAGCUGCGAUCUCAUAUCUUUGAUCUUUGCAUCUUCCUCUAAGAUCUGUGACCCUGUAACUUCGAUCCGAGAUCCUGGUAAAAAUAGCGAUUCUUGUACACCCCGGUGUGCCGCGUUAGGAGGUAUCUAUCAUGACGCCUACCCUAUAUACAUGUCCUAA